AUUCAUGAGAGUUAUUUAUCAACUACUACUACAUAGCAAGUGAAAUGCCAGGUGGUAAAGGAGGAGGUGGCGGCGGUAAAGGCGGCGGUGGUGGAGGUGCUAAAGGUGGUGGUGGUGGAGGAAGUGCUGGUGCCAAAGGUGGCGGUGGUGGAGGAAGUGCUGGUGCCAAAGGUGGCAGCGGUGGUGGCUCCACUAAGGGAAGUGGUGGCGGGAUGAUGAAGGCGCCAGGUGGUGGAGGGGCUUAUAUUUCAAGGCCUAGUUUUGAGAGCAAUCCCAAGCUUUAUUUCUCUGGUCUCCACUUCGGACAAAAGGGAAAAUGACUUCUUAAAAAUAAAUAAAUUAAAACUUUAUGUCUAUGAUAGUGUGUGGGCUUUUUAUUUUCUUUUGGUUUUAUAUGUAUUUCGUUGCCUGGUUACUAUUUGCUUAUGUUUUGGGGAAAUAUUUAGUGCUUUACAUCGAAUAUAAUGGAGCAUGUACAAAGUUCUGUAUUAAAAGUUAAGUUAAUGAAUAUGGAAUAACUUAAUUAUGCUUCUAA